GAAAAAUAACACAGGGCGCAAAACGGCAGUGCUGUGGGCCAGGUAACGGCGCACGAGGGCACGAACGCUGCCCAAGGAGGCAGAAGGCAGCCCGUCGCGUCGUCGACGCGAAGCUGCCACACGAGACACGCCGCCGGCGACCAAGCGCCAGCCGGUAAGCCGAUGGGCCGCCACGGCGAACGCGAGUGGGCCCAGUGCUGCCGCCAGCUCCAGUCCGUCGUCGAGUCCGGCGCGCGGGCGGUGGGCGCCGAGGCGGGCACGUCGGCGUACGGCGUUUGGUUGUCUAGAGCUUUAGGCGACCGUAGAUUACCGAGGACCGUGCCGGCCAGUGUGAGAGAUGUAGCUAAACUGUUAAAGUGCUACGGGCGGGAGUUCGGCUGGCGGUUAGGACGGCCGGAGCUCGCGAAGUGGGCCGAGGCCUUCGAUAGUGAUGGGGACGGGUUAGUCUCCGCGAGUGACGUCGAGACGUUCGCUCAGAGAAGGGGUGGAGCGUGGAGGGGAGGCCCCGAAGAACAAAAGGGUCCUUGGAGGGUAUCGUUUGACACGGGCGACGCGGAAGCGACGGAGUUCAUCUGUCUGUUGCGAGAUGCGUUACGUAGCAAACAGUUGGACGCCAGUGAUUUGGAGAGGUGCUUCGGCGACCGGUUCCCGAAGCCCAAGCCCAAGUCUUUUAUGAGUUUGACCUGGUCGCGGCCCAAACCCAUGGAGAAGCCCAAGAAACUCGCCCUCGUGAAGGCUGUCGAGGCAAUAGUAGAACCCUUGUCGAGGGAGGACGCGGGGAAGGUGCAGCGGGCCGCGGGUCGGGCGUUCCGAGCCGGAGCGUUCGCUGCGGAGCGAGACGAGGUCAUCCAGACGCACGGUGCCUCUGCUCUCAUUGGGGAACCGCCGCCGCGAGGCGGCUUGAUCGACACGCAGGCCGUCUGUCGAGCUGUUCGUAGAUCGGGCUUGGCGCCAUCCGGUGGCAAUGAAUCCUCGACGACGGGGGACGAGAAGACCGAUAAUAAAGUGAGGGCGGUCCAAGGUGCUCUGCGGAGGUGGUCCCGAGCUAGAGUUCUAGCUGCGUUGCGCGCGGCUGAUGCUGAUAACGUCGGGAGAGUCGACGCGUCGCAGUUCCUCUCGGCGUUAGAUAGACUAGACGUCUUUCCGCUCGACGGUGGGCUGGCCGCGCUGCAAACGAGUGAAGUGCGGAAGCUGUUCGUCUUCUUCGACGAUUCGGGAGAGGCGUCGUCGGCGUCCGUCGAGGAGCUCCUUGAAUUCUUGCUGGACAACGCCGUGCAGACGCACUGCCAUCGCUUCGCGGCGAUUGUGGCGAGGGCGGCGCGCGCGGCCCAAAGAUCGGGUGCCGCCGCUGAUGCUGACUUAGUGAGAGAAGUCGCAGCUUACUUACGCCGCCACGAUAAGAAGCGCGACGGGUCCUGCCGCCAAGCAGCUUUGGAGAAGACGUUGCACUGGACGGGAAUAAUACACGAGCUCCAGCCUCUAGAGGUCGAGGACUUGCUCGGGGCGCUUAAAUUGGAACAGGUCACGCGGCGGGGCGAGCCCGUCGUCGACUACGCUUUGUUCCUGAGACAGGUGCUGGGGGAUGAUGCGUUGCAGGCGUAUCCCGAGCGAGGCGUCGUGAAUCGGGGCCCGGGGACCUCGCGGAAGGAACGGCCGACGACGGCUCGUAGGAGGCGCUACGACUCCGACGAUAGUGAGGAAGAGGAGGAGCCGAGAAGGCGACGCGGCGAUCCGACGAAGAAGCUCGCGAAUGUUUCUCGGAAACUGGAACGGUCUGGCUCGUCCCUAGCGGAGUUCCUCGAAGAAGGUGCCAAGAGGGGCAAUCUGACGGCGCGCCAGUUCUCGCGAUGUCUGGAGGACGUGGCGCAAGAAUUGGAUGUGGACGAAGUGCUGAGUAGGCGAGACGUGGACUCUAUUCUGAAUGACGUCGGGGACGGCCGCCGCAUAAGAGUGGAGGAUUUGUUGGAGGCGUGCGGUUUGGACGGCUAUGAUGAGAACGACGACUAUCCUACCACCAGUAAAAAGUACCCGCGGACGCCAGGCCUAGCGAGGACGCCGGCGCGGUUCCGCGACGAUUCGGACGACGACGACGAUGAACCACGUACAAGGCGCACUUCAAGGAAGCCUACCACGGCCGUGAAGGAUCGGAAGUUGACCGAGGUCCAGCACCGCGUCCGCGCGGCGCUACGGCAGUGCAAGGUGCGGCAUGGCUCUUCCUAUGAUCUUAAUAGGGCUUUUGACCGCCUAGACAGAUCGGGACGAGGCGUCGUGUCCGCGUCGGACUUCGAUCGCGUGUUAUCCACAUUGGGCGUGGACCGAGACGACGCGCGCAAGCUCCGGAAGCGCUUCGACCGGUUUGGCAGUGUGGACUAUGCUGAUUUCUGUCGCUUCGUGGAGGCUGACGUUGAUGGCCUAAGGUUCGCGGCGUCGAAGAUCGCUGAUAAGUUAGCGGAACAGCAGAGGAAGGGUCUUGAUGUGUUGCUGCCGUUCCAGAUGGCCGAUAGUGGCGACCACGGCAUCGUGCCGGCGCGCGACUUCCAGGACGCGUUGCGAGCGUUAGAUCUGGGAGACCUGCAGGAUGCUGAUAGGAGAGAGUUAGCUGCUGCGUUCGCGCCUAGUGGCGAUCCGGACGCCGUCGAUUACCGAGAAUUUCUCAAGUUUGUGAGGGACGCGGGCGGCCACAUGGAGUCGACGGGGCCGUCGGCGACGCCGCGACUCGUCGAUGCGUCCUCCAAGGCCUACGACGGGUUUUAUGGAGGUGCAUCUUCGGACGACGAGUACGAUCGGCCGCGGCGCCGGAACCCGCCGCGGUCGCCGGUCACGCGGCAGCGGCGGACGCUGUUCCAGGGCGACUCGGCGCCGGAGACGGCGUGGCGCGCGUGAUGCGUCUUCCUUUCCUUUUUGGGGUACUAAGGACUCUUCAAUGGG